GUGGACAUGGAGCAGUGUAUACAUGUAGAUGUUCUUUGUCAUAGCAUUCGAAAGUUUUUUGAUAAACAUAUGUAGCAGGAAAACUUAAAUUAAUCAAAGAAAUUUGUGAUAAAAGUGGAUACUUUUUACUGACUCAUGGAUUGGGUUUCUCAUAAUCAUUCUCGUUCUCAUUCCACGGUUUUAUCUUCCCAAUUAGCCAGAGCAACUCACGCAAAUGAAUUUGUUCCUAGAGUUUUGAGCUCCAACUUGUCAGCCUCACCAAACAUCAUUAAUAGUACAUAUCCACCUUUAAAUACUUCACCAGCACUUGUUAAAAAAUAUGAGGAGUCAGAGGUUUCCACUCAUGUUUCACCUCAAUCAACAUCACCACCCCCUAAUACUUCAUCUCCAGUUUUACAUGACAAAGGAAACAAUGGUAUGUCUGCAUACCAAGAAAAUGUAGGAGGAACAACUUAUUUUUAUCAAUACCCUGGUGGUGGUACAUCUGAAAAUACAGAGCCUGUUGUAGCCACACCCACUGGCUCUAACAUAACUGGAGAAUACAAUGUAUAUACAGUUAAACAGGAGAAAUCCUUUUUUAUAUCUGAUGACUUACGAACUGACAUUUUAAAUCGUAAUGUAUUAACUCUACUUCAACCAGAUCCACAGCAAUACCCAGACUUACCAUUGGAAGUUGACAAUUAUCAUGAAUUGUUUCCUUUAGAACCUAUUAACAAUGCCAUGCACAAACCUCACUUGGGCCAUCAAACCUCAAUGUACAAGGCUACUCAUAUUAAAACAGGUGUUCAUUAUUGCCUUCGAAGAAUACAUGCAUUUCGGUUGCAAAAUACCAAAUGCAUGGCAUAUGUGGAGCUGUGGAAAAAGAUAUCACAUUCCAAUAUUGUACAGUUAAAAGAAGUAUUUACUACAAAAGCAUUUGGUGACAACUCUAUGAUUUUUGUUUAUGAUUAUCACCCUGGGUCUGAAACAUUACUUAACAAACAUUUUUCAACUGACCAGCCAGGCUACUGUGACCCCUUUACAGAUUCUAGCACUCCAAGGCCAUAUAGUUACCAAAAGAAUAACCUAAUGAGGCAUCAACAAAAUAACAAGUUGCCUGAACCUCUUAUUUGGAAUUACAUUAUUCAACUGACAUCUGCAUUAAGAAUAAUACAUUCAUCUGCUCUUGCAUGCAGAAGUUUGGACCCAACAAAAAUAAUCUUAACUUCUAAAAGUAGGCUUAGACUAAGUUGUUUAGGAAUGAUGGAUGUGGUACUAAGUGAGUCCAACACCUCUGUUAAUCAUUUGGCUCUAAUUCAACAUUACCAACAGGAAGAUCUAACUGCUCUUGGAAAAUUAGUUGUUGCAUUGGCUUGUAAAUCCACAAUGGCUGUUCAAAGAGAAAACGUAUCAACAGCUUUAGAUAUGGUCAGCCGAUCCUAUACAUCUGAUCUUCGAAAUUUAAUUAUGUAUUUAUUAUCAUCUACACAAAGGAGAAGUGUAACUGAUUUGAUGCCAAUGAUUGGAGCAAGGUUCUAUACACAACUUGACAAUCUACACAAUCAUAUUGAAGCAUUGGAUCAUGAAUUGUCUAAAGAGAUUCAAAAUGGAAGAUUGCUAAGAUUAAUGGCUAAACUGGCUACAAUUAAUGAACGUCCAGAAUUCAACAUGGAUGCAGCAUGGUCUGAAACUGGAGAUCGCUAUAUGUUAAAACUUUUUAGGGAUUAUGUGUUUCAUCAAGUAACAGAUGAUGGUCAACCUUGGUUGGAUAUGGCUCACAUAAUUCAGUGUCUUAAUAAGUUAGAUACUGGUGUACCUGAAAAAAUAUGUUUAAUGUCCAGGGAUGAACAAAGUAUUUUAGUGGUUUCCUAUGCAGAGCUAAAGCAUUGUCUUGAACAGUCUUUCCAUGAAAUAGCUUGUCAAUCGUCAUUGGUUAAUCAUGAUUUAGAUGAAAAGCUGUAAAGUAGGCAAAAAUGGAUUUGAAAAUAUUUUUUUAAAUAAAGGUAAUGAUCCAUUCUCAUAUACCAAAUGUGAUUUGCAUAUUUAAAAAAGAUAUCUUAUAUAUUUCAUCAUGCAGUGAAAUGGUUUUGGUUUUAAGGGUGCAGUGCCAAAAAAUUCAACAUUAUAAAACACAUAAUAUAAUGAAGCCGUUUUAAAGCUGUAAAGGAAAACAAUUUUUGGUCAAAUGUAGAAAUACUUUUUAUUAACAAAAACUUAUUAAUUAGGUACCCCACAAUGCUGCUGUAAUCAUGAGAAUGGAAAUGUUUAUCUUUUUUAGUGAUUGUCCACCAAAAAGUUUAUGCAAUAAUAUUUUAUUGUUACAAUUUUUUUAAAACUCUACCGAAAUUUAACCAAUGGAAUUAAAUUAAACUUUAAAGUAUUAUUGCAAACAGAAUUCCAUUUUUUAAUUUUAGUUAUUGGAAACAUAUUUUUUGC